AUGUGCUUGCUCUUCUUUGCUUUGAAGUGCAACUAAUAAUAAAUAAACUUAGGAAUCGUUGAUUAACAAAAUUAUUACUAUCAAAAUAAUAUUACAGUGCUGUUGUUGAAUCAAUAUUAGCAACUAAGAAACACAACUUAAUAAGUUAACGUGAUAAAAUUUCAAAAUUAAACUCAAGCUAAUCGCUGCUUUUAAUUGAAUUAAUGUACUGUUAUCAUUUAAACCAAGCCAGCAUUAGUGGCUGAUCAAUCUAAAUUUCUUGAAAUUAAUUCUCUGAAUGAGCCAAUGGUUCUGAUUCGGCCUUUUAUUUGGAAAUAAGCUUUGAAUAUUAUUAUAAUUACUCUGCUUUAAUGGCUUUUUGGUAUUUUAACUCCAGUUAUUGCGCUAGUUGCUCUUUUAUCAUUAUUUUUCAAGGAGAAAGAGACAGUGAAAAUGAAAAAGAAAAAGUUAACUUGGAAGAAAUUUUUAAGAAAAACUUAUAGGAACUUCAUAUCUACUUCUAAUCACUACUUAAGUGAGAAAUUCCCAAUUUUAGGAGUUUUGUCUUAGUCAAUCAUUUAUUUUUGUUUAGUUUACCUAAUAAUGCUUGUAUCUUUUGAUAUUUCAAAGCUUUAUACUGAAAAUUAAUCUGUUUUAAGUAUGAAUAAGGUAGCAUACUUAACUUAAGAGAAGUCAAAGAUUUGUGUAGAGGAGAACUUGCUUAAUUAGACACGAUAAAAUUAUUUAUUUAACUUUCAAAAUGUAAUAUUCUCAAAUAAAGUACAUAAUUACUUAAACUUUGAGGAUGCUGAUGCUAUUUUAACUAGACUUUACUCAAUGAAAUUAUCUAAUUUCGAUACUAACUUAAAGGACUAUUAAUUAACGUUUUUAUCUGAAUCUUACUCCAAUGGGUUAUUAUUCUAAAAUCAAACGUCAAUGCAAUAAUUUGAUUCGAACUUACAAUAGAUCAACUAAAAAGCCAUAUUCCUUUAUGUCAUGUAUAAUUAUAAUUAAGACGGCUUUAUAGAGCUCUAUCAUAGACAAUAAGAUAAUUUGCUAGAUAUAUUCUUACCAGUUCAUUACACAGGAUUUGCAAUUGAUGUCUUUUUCAUUAUUUUUGCACUUUUUACUGCUUUAGUGAUCAAAGCUUGCAUAUAAAAACCAAGAUUUAUUAAGUAUGAUGAAACAAAUCAAAACGAUCCAGAGAUAAUCGAGAAUAAUGCAACUAAAAAUACAGACCAAGUUAAUGUGGCUCCAGAGAAGAAGUAAGAAUUGUAAGCCAAUAGGUCAAGAAAAGGAGACGGAGAUCCCUCCCUAAAAUUUGAGGGAGAAGAAGGGAAAAUAGAAUUUCUUGAUGGCCAAGGUAGACCUGAUAAUUUUUUAGGUCUUUAAAACCAAAGUUCUGGAGAUCAAGAGCAAAAGUUUAAAUAUGGGUGUACCGACGAUCUAGAAGAUGCUUUAUCAAGUGUACACAUGAAUUCAGGUAACUAAAAUAGAUAGAUGUACACAGGCAGUGAAAGUCUUGAUGAUAUAUUAAAAGGAUAUCUAAAAAGUGGUAAAGCCCUCGAGAGUAAACUUUAAUAGAUUAGCACACUUAAAAACGCUAUCAAAUCAUUAGAAUAGGUACCUGGAAGAUAAAGUAUUGAUGAGAUGCCUGCUGAUGCUGAAAAUGAGGACGAUGAUGAGCCCCCAGGCCAAGAAAAGUCGAUUGGCUAGGUGAGAUCAAAGUGA